GCCAACGCCGUUGGAGCAGCGCCAACGCCGUUGGACGGUGCGCCAUCGCCGUUGGCAGACGCGAGUAGCCGUCCUCUCUCGCCACCCCGGGAGCGUCACGGGCCGUGCAGAGCGGCCACGAUCGAGCCUCCGACCGGCCGCGUGGUCCCGCCCACCGCACCUCGCGUACGUGCCUUCCGUCCUCUCUCGCCACCCCGGGAGCGUCACGGGCCGUGCAGAGCGGCCACGAUCGAGCCUCCGACCGGCCGCGUGGUCCCGCCCACCGCACCUCGCGUACGUGCCUUAGCGGCCACGAUCGAGCCUCCGACCGGCCGCGUGGUCCCGCCCACCGCACCUCGCGUACGUGCCUUGCCGGGCAGAGCGGCCACGAUCGAGCCUCCGACCGGCCGCGUGGUCCCGCCCACCGCACCUCGCGUACCCCCUCCCCCGUCCGCAAAUGCCCCCCACCCACCCACCCAUCCACCCACCACCAGUUGUACUCCUAGAGCGAGCGGCGCGACGCGCCCCUCCCUGCCUGCGCCC